GAUUCAUCCCUUUGGAAGUGAGAACCGGAACUCCUCACUGAGCUAAGUAGGGUGAUGAGGAGUUUUAAGUGAGCUUUUCGUGUUCUAGUGCAUACCCAGAUGGUCUAACAGUUUGACUCUGGAGGCAGCGGUGGUAAUGACAGAGUCCAAGUCUCUUCGUUCCCUGUGUUCCUGGAUUAUUCUCGUGGUGAUGUGAUCCUGCACUCAGAAGUUUGGACAGUGGCCUCCUGUUUCCCCAGCUUUCUGACUGGCAGAUACCACUCAGUUGGCAUGGACUUCAUCUUUCCCCACCUCUUACCUGCCUGAUGCUUAAGAGAGCCUUCCCCUGCAGCCUGAAGGUAGCUCAGAAACAUGAAGUACCACUGAACUGAGACUCUGACGAUCAGCCUGGACACUCUACCCUAGCCUUGUCCCAGGUAAGGAUUCCGUGUCACAAGGCGGCCAACACUUUUCACCACGGUUGCGAAUGCACACAGCCAUUCCGUGUGGAUUAACUGCUGGACACUGAGCGAUCCAGACUCCCUCUCUUCGUCUUUGUGUCAACUGAAGCUUCCAGGUGGGGAAAAGUCACAUCUCCAUAUAAAGACUCCUCCAGACCGAUUGACUGAUUAGAACUUCCACUUUUGUUACAAGUUGGAAUGUUGCAGAUCCAGAGCCAAAAUUAUCUUAGACCAGCUUGUCCCUUUGCCCACCCAUCUCUGACUUAAUGAUCUAAUUAUCAGGUCAAAAUUCUCUGGAAUGUAUUAACUUAGCAGAUCACUGGCUUCUAUCAUCUAAAACUGAGAAUGUCUUAUCACGUGGCAUCUGAAAAUGCAAAAGGAGUGUUUUGAGGUCUGCAGAUACCCUCCUACCCAGCAUGCCUAUGGAGUGCCUGAAAGCACUCUGAUUGGUGGCUUGUUCUUGUUCUGUAACUAUUAAAGGCUUUAUACAAACCUUCCCCACAUUGGAUCACAUUAUUCAGGACAACCUGACUCUGCCUCCCUGGGUCACCACCAUUCCGAAUUGGCUCCAGCAUACACGCUCUCAGGUUCCCUUUGAAGUGAGAGAUGGUUUCACUGGACAGCUAGCAGCACUCGGAUGAGAAAACCUGACACUUGGCAAUCAAUCAGGUGAGGAGCCAACACAAAUCCACAGCACCAUGAGCUUCCAUGGCACUGUCCUGAAAUGCGUGUCCUAACAAAGUGUCCUUGGUCUGGAUGUCAUCUGCCUCACUGGAACGUGUUAGGUAGGAUCUGACCAGGAACUCUCACCUUGCCGAGGAAACCUGCUAUGGCCCCACAAGACCAACUGCUGUUUCCUAUGGGCCCUAUGCAUGUGUCUGAAGCACCUACCUGCUCUUCCUGGGACUCUAUCAGAACAAGAACACAAAUCCAAUUGCUUUGGAACAUGUGACUCCGUCCUCCGCUUGGUCUGAGGAAAGCUGUACACUGGCAGCACUGCCCUGGCCACAGAAGCAGGCUCUCCACCAAGCUCAUCCAGUUUCUUGAAAUGAGACCAAAACGAGCCUUUAGAUUAAAGGAUUUGAACCAUGAAAACGCUGGCCAGUCGUAAGUCACUGUGGAUGCUGCUUUUUAUAGUCAUCUUCUGGGUCUCUUUUACAGUUUUCAGAAACCCUGUGAAGCUACGGACCAUGUUCAAGUUGCCUGUGUCCUUCAAUCGCUGGAACUUGGUCAUGGGACCCUCAUGCCCUGCAGUGCCUCUGAACCUACCAGUUUCACCAAAAGAGACAGAACUGAGAAUCAGGGAGGUCCUGGAGAAACUAGACAAACAGAUCCCUCCCAGACCCUUCACCCACCUCAACUACACCACAAGCGCCACACACAGUACAGCCACCAUCCUCAACCCUCGGGAUACACACUGUGUGGGGGACCAGCUGGACAUCCUGGUAGAGGCUAGAGACCACCUAGGAAACAGGAAGGGGUAUGGUGGGGACUUCAUGAGGGCCAGGAUGUUCUCCCCAGCCCUGAAGGCAGGAGCUUCUGGAAAGGUGACAGACUUCAACAAUGGCACUUACCUCGUCAGCUUCACUCUGUUCUGGGAGGGCACGGUCUCCCUGUCUAUCCUGCUCAUGCACCCCAGUGAAGGGGUGUCAGCUCUCUGGAGAUCAAGGAAACAGGGCUACGACAGAAUCAUCUUCUCAGGCCAGUUUGUCAGUGGUGCUUCUCAGGUCCACACUGAAUGUGCCCUGGUUCUAAAUUCAAGUGUUGAGCUGUGCCAGUAUCUGGAUGCCCAGGACCAAGAAGCUUUCUACUGUGUGAAGCCUCCAAAUGUGCCCUGUGCAGCUCUCACCUACAUGCAGUCAAAGAACAAGGAUGUUUCCUAUCUUAGCCAACAAGAAAGGAGCCUCUUUGAAAGGUCAAAUAUAGCUGUGGAGAUUAUGGAAAAAUCCAAUGCGAUUAGUGUCUCCAAAUGCAACACAGACACAGCUCCAGUGAAGGAGAAAUGCAAGCUCGGGAUGGUAUCUGCAAUCCCUAGUGGGCACGUCUGGAAAAACGCAUGGACUCCUGCCUCCUGCAGUCUGGCUCCAAUCAAAAUGAAAGACUGCCUGAGGGGAAAAUUUAUCUAUCUAAUGGGUGAUUCCACAAUCCGCCAGUGGAUGGAAUACUUCAAAAGCAAAGUCAACAGGGUUGCCUGUUUGCUGUCAGCACUGAGGUCCGUGGACCUGCAUGAGAGUGGGAAACUGCAACACCAACUUGCCGUGGACUUGGAUGAGAAAAUCAGCAUCCAGUGGCAAAAACAUGGUUACCCUCUUAUCGGGUCAUUGGUCUACUCUGUCAAAGAAAUAGAGAACAUUGCACGGAUAAUUGACAGAACUGGAGGAGAGAAAAACACAGUCAUCGUCAUUUCUCUGGGCCAGCAUUUCAGACCCUUUCCCAUUGAUCUUUUUAUCCGAAGGGCCCUCAAUGUUCACAAAGCUCUUCAGCGUCUUCUCCUGAGAAGCCCGGACACUGUGGUGGUCCUCAAAACAGAAAACACCAGGGAGUUAAACAGCGACGUGGAGAGGUUUAGUGACUUCCAUGGUUACACGCAGUAUCUUGCCUUAAAGGAUAUUUUCCAGGAUCUCAAUGUGGGUGUCAUUGAUGCCUGGGACAUGACAGUUGCAUAUGGCAUAAACAAUGUCCACCCACCAGAGGAUGUAGUUAGAAGUCAAAUUAAUAUAUUCUUAAACUACAUUUGCUAGCAAACACAUAACUUUGAAAGUCACUCUUUGAACUUAAAAGAUACAGUGACUCCUGCAGCUGUGCCAAGUGCCAGGAUGCCCCAGUUACUCCAAGGACAUAAUCUGUAUUAUGGUCCAUAUGGUCCACCUACUUCAUCUUAACAAGGCAUUCAUACACUGCCCUUCUGCUCAAAAUUGAAGCCCAAAAGAGUCAAUGGAAGGUCCACAUUUUUUUAUUAGAGCCACAUUGCUCUUUGCCGAUUGGAAGUUAGGAUUCCUGUGCCUAAGACCUUCUCCUUGUUGCUGUGAGUUCAGAACAAUGAAGUAAUUUUGAUAAAAUUCUUAAAAGGUAUUUGAUUCAAUUUGUAAAUAUUUUGUUGAUAAUUUUUUCAUCCAUGUUAAUCAAGAAAAUUGAUCUGUACUUUCUUGGUCAUAUCUCAGAGUUUGACAUCAGGCCAUUACAGACUUCAAAAAAAAAAUGACUUGGGUUGUAUUUCUCCUGGUUGUAAUUUGUGGAAGGUUUUGAGACGUGUUUUGAUUAGAUUUUCUUUAAAAGUUUCAUGGUAUUCAGCACUUAAUCUGUCCAGGUCUGGGCUGUUUUGGAGAGAGACUUUUAAUAACUGCUUCAAUCUCUUUGCUUAUUACAGUUCUGUUUAAAUUGUUUCUAUUUUCUAGGUUUAACUUUGAUAGGCCAAAUGCAUUUAGAAAUUUAUCUUUCUUCUAGGUUUUCCAGCUUUUUUGGAUAUAAGAUUUUGGAUAAACAAAAACAAAAUAUGUCCAAAACACCAUCUUGAAACCUGAUAUUUUGUACACUAAUUUUAUAACAAAUAAAAAUAAAAUUUCUAAAUGAAAAACAUAUUAAAAUAAGAAUUAAUAAUGCAAAA